AGGCAGUCAGCGGGCCGGAAGUGAGCCGGGGACGCCGGGACUGCGUGAGAGCAUGAAGCCGGCCGUGGACGAGAUGUUUCCCGAGGGCGCCGGGCCGUAUGUGGACUUGGACGAGGCAGGAGGCAGCACUGGGCUCCUGAUGGACUUGGCAGCCAAUGAAAAGGCAGUUCACGCAGACUUCUUCAAUGAUUUUGAAGAUCUCUUUGACGAUGAUGAUAUCCAGUGAGGUGUGUCCAGCGGUGCAUUUGGUCAAGCUUCGCCACGUGGUGGUGUGGUGGGUCUCCUUAAAGGACAAUUUCAGGUGGUUCCAGAGAACUUGUGGGAAUUGCUAGAAUUUAAGAGAUGAUUAGCCAAGAAAGAGAAGAAGGUUUUAACCAUCUGGAGGAGGCCUGUUAAAUUCUGAAUGUGGCCAGCUUUUGUCCUUGACUUCAGUUAAAAUAAAGUGAUGUUAUUACUUGCAGGGUAA